AAUCCAAGGGAGGAAACAAACUUCACCAGCAGAUGACACUCCAGUAAGAGGCGGAGCUACACGGAGGGGCGGAGCUUCCACGUCACUCUCCAGAAACGAAAGGUAAGUUGGUCAGAGAGGCAGACGCGCUGCAGUGAAGACAAGUCUCCGUGUUUCUGAGAGAAAAGUCAAAGUGACGUCAUCAGGUGUUCCUCAGCAACACAGCAGAGUCUCUUGAGAACACAGGAACCUGCUGUAUGGAAGUAAAUCUGUGCCAUCGGGGGUUGAAAGAAAAAGACAUGGCUUCUGCAAACUAUGGUUCAUCUGAAGUUCAGUUCCUGUGCUCCAUCUGUCUGGAUGUGUUCACUGAUCCAGUCACCACACCAUGUGGACACAACUUCUGCAUGAACUGCAUCAAUGAACACUGGAACACCAGCGACCAGAACCUGUGUCCAAUGUGUAAGGAGGACUUCACCACCAGACCUGUUUUGAGGGUCAACACCAUGUUCUCUGAGAUGGUUGUUCAGUUCAGACAGUCCAGUCAGCAGAAAGCCAGCAGCAGCAGCUCAGAGCAACAAGAGUCCAAACCAGGAGAAGUUCCCUGUGAUGUCUGCACUGGAACCAAAGUGAAGGCCCUCAAGUCCUGCCUGGUGUGUCUGGCCUCCUACUGUGAGACUCACCUGGAGCCUCAUCUGACAGCUUCACGCCUGAAGAGACAUCAGCUGAUGGAUCCUGUGGAGAACCUGGAAGGCAGGAUGUGCACGAAGCACGAUAAACCUCUGGAGCUGUUCUGUAAGAGCGACCAGACGUGUGUCUGCAUGCUCUGCACUGUUUUAGACCACAAGAACCAUGUGUAUGUUCCUCUGAAAGAAGAAUAUGAAGAAAAGAAGGUCCAGUUGAAGAAGACAGAGGCUGAAAGCCAGAAGAUGAUUCAGGAGAGAAGACUGAAGAUCCAGGAGAUCAAGCACUCGGUGGACCUCAGUGAGGAAGAUGCAGGCAGAGAGAAAGCAGAAGGUGUUCAGGUCUUCACUGAUCUGAUGGAGUUUGUUGGAAGAGGCUUGAAGGAGCUCCUCAAAACAAUAGAAGAGAAGCAGGAAACCACAAAGAAACAGGCUGAAGCUUUCAUCAGAGAGCUGGACCAGGAAAUCUCUGAGCUGAUGAAGAGGAGCGCUGAGGUGGAGCAGCUCUCUCUCUCUGAAGACCACCUCCAUAUUCUCCAGUCCUUAAACAUCCAUCAGCCACCACCCACCAAGGACUGGACAGAGGUCCGUGUUUGUCCUCCAUCAUAUGAGGGGACUGUGGUGAGAGCUGUGUCUCAGCUGGAGGAGACACUCAGUGAAAAGAUGAAGAAGUGGUUUGCUGAAGCUGAGCUGAAGAAGGUCCAGAUGUUUGCAGUGGAUGUGACUCUUGAUCCUGAAACAGCUCAUCCUCAACUCAUCCUGUCUGAUGAUGGGAAACAAGUGAAACACGGUAAUGUGAGGAAGAAUCUCCCAAACAACCCAGAGAGAUUUUCUAAUUGGUCCUUCGUUUUAACAAAGCAGAGUUUCUCUUCAGGCAGAUUCUACUUUGAGGUUCAGGUUGAAGGAAAGACUCGGUGGUCUUUAGGAGUGAUCAGAGAGUCUGUCGACAGGAAGGGAUUCACCUUAUGGAGGCCUCAGAAAGGUUACUGGAUCAUACGUUUGAUUAAUGGAAAUAAAUACUAUGCUCUUCAUGAUCCUCCAAUUGUUCGCUCUCUGAAGUCUGGUCUUCAGAAGGUGGGGGUGUUUGUGGACUAUGAGGAGGGUGUGGUCUCCUUCUAUGACGUAAAAGCUGCAGCUCUCAUCGGCUCCUUCACUGGCUGCUCCUUCACUGAGAAACUCUUCCCGUACUUCUGUCCUGAUUUUAAUACCGAUGGUACAAACUCUGCUCCUCUGAUCAUCUCUCCUGUCGCAGUAAACUAAUCAUUCUCUGAUUUCAUGUGAUUUUUAUUUUGACUAAAUAUCCAAAGAUAAAGUUUGACUUUCAGUAAAUUGGCAAAACAAAUUAUAUCUAAUGUGCAGCCACUGAAAACAUAUUGAAUAUUUUCAAAAAUGCCUCUUACUUUUCCAUCAUGUUCACAGGAUACACUUCGUUUUAUUAUUAUAUUGCAUGAAAGAUCAA